AAGACACGUCCUCCUGUUAGCUGCAUCCCAACCACCCCUGAGAUACAAUUGAGCGUGAAUUGUGCCUUUAAAUCUUCACUGCAUAUAUUGUAACCACUACGCGAACCACAUACCCCCACAUUAAUCAUCUAUCGCAUCCUCCGCUGGCGGUGAAACAAUGGCCGCCGAGGAUUCCAUGUCGGCGUCGCAGUCGCAACUCUCGACCUCCGCAUCGUCCCUUUCACCUUCGAAGAUCUGCUCAAAAACCUACAAGAAAGCUUCUCAGCUCUUUUUAACUCGUCGCCUACAAGAAACUCUAGUCACUCUUGAACCCAUUCUUGUACCCAGUCCGGCAAAUGACGACCAAUAUGCCAACGGUAACGAGUCCCUACCACCGAUUGCUAUGGCUCAAGCUUCGGUGAGGAUCAAAGUUUGGAAUUUAUACAUCACACUGCUGAGCGCGAUACUUGACUUGGGACCCGAGGAAGGAAAAGCAACGUUCGGCCAGAAAGAGUGGAAGGCUAUUUCCACCAAAGUGCGCGAGGGCGAAAUAUGGGAGACAGUUGUUCAAACGGGUUAUAAAGGCCGCGAGGGCUCAGUUGAUGCCGAGGUCGUAUAUAAUUUAGCGACAUUGUUAUUGAAUCAUUCUCCUUCCCAGCAACUCAAUCAGCAACGACUCGAGCACUACCUUUCAUCAUAUGGUCAACCAAACCUGGACAUUGCCGAGCAUUUGCAGAAUUCUCCCAAUCAACAAUCUAAGGCCCGAGUUAACGGCGGCACCGACACGCCGAGAGAUUUGACGUCUCGGGUUAGGAUAAUUGAGCUUUUUACCCUCCAUGUUCUUCCUAGGAACGAAGAAUGGGACUAUGCGAGCGAAUUCAUCAACUUUAGCGAGGUCCUCGAUGAAGAGCGAAAAGAGAUGUUCUUGCAAACUCUCGAUGGGCUUAAGGAAGAAAGGGAGCAGGGCGAACUGCGCGCUGCAGCGCUUCAGCGGGAGAAGGACGCCCAGCUAGAGAGAGAAAUACAGGAAGCGGAACGCCAAAGGGCAGAGGAAGAGGCCGCUGCGGCUCAGCACGCUCAAAAGGGACAUGCGCGUGAUAACAGUGAGGUGGACUACGGCAUUGAGAAGACCAACACGAACAAAAGUGCCAAGGGCAGAGGGAAGGGCGAGAAGCAAUCUGGUAGUAAGGCAAGUACGUCAGCCAAUCGAACUGCUUUUUCGCCCACUGGUUCGAAGAAGAGACCGGAGAAGCCUGUAUCCCGGCCCGGACAAACGCGAGCUUUGGCAAACGUACUACGCAACCUGUUGCGAUAUAUCUCGAGGACGGUCGCCGGUAACCCAAUGUCGUUCGCCCGGACGCUGCUGUUCCUGCUGGGGAUCUUGGUGGCACUAAGCAGGCAAGGCGUGCGGGAACGUCUCCGGAGAAUCACCGGAGCUGGAUGGCAAAAAGUCAAGGGAACCGUCGGAAUGGGUGUGAAAGUGAGCUACAUUUAGGUUCACAUUUUUAGUUUCUUUUAUUACCCAUAGUCGCUGCCUUACAGGCUAAACAUGGGUGUUCAUGCGGGCGUCUGGUGGAAACCUAGACUGGAUUUUUCCGCCGAUGUUAUAUAGGAUUGUUUCUUUUCCUUUGUAAAUUUACCUACAAGACUUACGUGCGCUUCAGAAAGUACUUUUAGGACAAUAGUCAC